CCCUUCUCUCCCCUCCCUCGCUUCUACCCAACGCUUGGGGUCCUUGGAUCCAGGUCAGCUCCUCCCAGCUCUGGGUGCUCCGACUGCAUCGCUGGGAGGACGGCAGGCUGCGUUCGCUUCUGACGUCUUUCCCAGCCAGGCAGGAUGACCCGGAGCACCGUGACGGUGGACGGGGUCGACGUGGACUGCGCUCAGUCUCAGCCCUACCACAUCGACAUCCACAUCCACCAGGAAUCCGCGCUGGCGGCCCUGCUCAAGGCCGCGGGCUCGCUGAAGCGGCGCCUCUCGCGGCCCCGAGACGCCGGGCCUUCCAAGACCAGGAGGAGCUCUCUGCAGCUGGCCCUUGGGGUGACCCAGAUACUGCUGGGGCUUCUCAGCGGAGCCCUCGGCGUGAGCUUUUGCUUCGGGGCCUGGACUGAGCUGUACGCCUCUGGCUGUGCCUUCUGGGCGGGGUCUGCGGCCGUGGUGGCAGGAGCUGGGGCCAUUGUCCACCAGAAGCACCGAGGCAGACUUUCCGGCGUCCUGUCUCUGCUGCUCACCUUGGCCUGCGUCGCCACGGCUGCGGCCGCCGGCGUCUUUGGGGUGAGGAGCGUCCUCAGACACACGGAAAGCGCCUACUCCUCCGAGGUCUACGCCUUGUGCAAGCGCCCGGACCCUGUCCACGCGACCCCGAGCUACAGGAGGCCGUGGGGCAGAGACUAUGAGCAAGACUGGAGGGAGGAGCAGUGCAAAUCCAGCAUGAAGAAGAUGAUGAACAUAUUCCUGGCGUUCUGUGUCCUGUUCACGGUUAUCUGCAUCCUGAAGGUCGCCGUGUCCUUGGCCUCCCUGGGACUGACUCUCCAAAGCCUGUGUGGCCAGAGCUCGGCAGCCCCCGAGAGGAGUCAGGAGGCGCUGCUGAACACGGAUGAAGGGGAAUCAGAGAAGAAGCUCUUGGGGGAGAACCCUGAGCAUUCUCCUGGCUUCAAGAAGAUCCCAGAAGCCAUCAACCUGUGAGCACCCGAAGCUACUUCCCGGGUCCCUGCAUCGCCCUGUCCAGGGGCCGGCGGGGUGGCCGACUCCAGAGCCCCUCCAGCCCCCCGGCUCACGCUUGCGCUCGCUCUAGUCACUGUCUCCUCCGCUCACCUUCUCCACCCCUCCACCGCCCUCCCCCAUUCUCCAACACCAGUGCUCUCCCUCCCCCAGGAAAACCAUUGAUUUUUUUUCCCCAUUACUGAUUAAACAGAA